GUCACGAGCAAAUCGCAAGCGCAUGCUACGUGCAAUAUGGGCAAAUUGCAUUGAAAAGUCUCUCAAUGAGUUACAUUUUCUGCUCUGCAAGACCAAUGUUUUUCCUUAUGUUAUCACCAACUAUGGCACCGUAGAAUACAAUUUCGACUUUUACAGUUAUCCUGAGUUCUAGUUUCUGCUACCAGAGUUAGUUUCGUAGAGAAAAACUCGCAUUCGACGAAGAUAACGUGCCGUAAACGUUCAAGUUUACAUCUAGCAUCUGUGUUUUCGACUUUCAGAAUCAGAGAUUGAUUUGAAUGAGCAACAGCUACUUGGACAUUCACAUUCAAGUAAUAUCACGCAAAGCUCAAAGCAAAGCCAUACCGAUACCACGCCUUAGCCCAGGCACUGCAUUGAUGUAAAGCUGAGCCAUUGGACGGCAGUUCCUGACAGCAAGAAUCACAAGCUGACAGUCACCACGACGGCGCAUUGUAGCAUAACGCUUUACCAGAAGUGGCCACCGGUCACUGUACCUACCUGUGAGUGGAAAACGGGAGGUGCUUCACCAAGAGCAAAUCAUUCCUGUAGUCUCAUACCUACAGGCUGAAUAAAUAAUACCAAAAUGGGUAACACAGCAGCCAAGCGGGAUGGCAAGGAUGGCUCGUCUCUGUCUCCCACCAAGGAGUCCAUGUCAUCAUCCUUUGACUUCAAGACGGGCAAGAUACCCAUCAUCCAGCAGGCUUCUCUAGAUGACAGUAUUGAUCUUCCUGCCGGUAGAUUCAGGGAAUUGAUGCGUGAUGAUGGUCCCGAUGGCCGGCCUCGGACAGCUACCCUGUUGGAGCAGCCCUACGUGGACCCCAGUGCGCUGCCUGUGGUGUUUCGUUGGGAAGGGGGCGGCAAGUCUGUGGCUGUUGCAGGAUCAUUCAACAAUUGGAAUACCAAGAUUCCAAUGAUCAAGAGUCAGGGUGAUUUCACAGCCAUCGUUAAUCUUCCCGAGGGUCAGCAUGAGUACAAGUUCUAUGUGGAUGGACAGUGGAUCCACAAUCCACGCCAGAUGCGAACCUCACCCGAAUCGGACGAACCUCUGCAGAGCAACACAUUUGGGACUGUCAACAACUUCAUCAGUGUCUCCAAGUCCGACUUUGAAGUAUUUGAGGCUCUUGCCAUAGAUUCAGAGAGGGAAAAAGGCGUGGACAUGUCGGGCUCACCUCCUGGGGACUACAAUCAGGAUAUCCCUAGCCAAGAACUACAGCAACGUACCACCGGUCCUCCCAUCCUGCCCCCUCAGCUCCUCCAAGUCAUACUCAACAAGGACAUCGGACCCCAGUAUGAGCCAGCGCUAUUGCCUGAACCAAACCAUGUUAUGUUGAAUCACCUGUAUGCCUUGUCAAUAAAAGAUGGAGUAAUGGUGCUUAGUGCGACACAUCGCUAUCGAAAGAAAUAUGUGACAUCUCUUUUGUACAAGCCAAUAAACUAGCUCUAAUACUUACUAUAUUGUGUAUUAUAAAUAUGAAUAUAAAAAUAUAUAUAUAUAUCAGUGUGGAUUUCUUGUGUACUGUAUUUUGAAAGAUUUUAAACCAGACGAAAUCUCUAGUGGCGCAAAUCUUCCAUGCAAAAGAGUUUAUCUUUGAAAAAAAAUUGUAUUGUACAUAUAUGUUUGUCUUGUAUGAAUGUUCAACUAUCUUGAAAAGAAAGUUAUCAUGUGACUGUCAUUACUUAAUUGAAAUGUACUACUCCCAAGUACAUAUUCUUGUUUUUAAAUUGAAUUUCUUGUCCAAAUAUUGAAGCUAGCUGAAUUCCCUAUCAAGCAUAUUGAAGGAGGAUUUGUUUUACUUCCUUCAGUGUUGUUAUUGUUGUAUUUGCAAAUCAACAAAUUUCCGUGUUUUUUUUCCUUUUAUGAUUGGGAGAACCUUUUGGAAGGCUCUCAUAAAACACAUUUAUUUGGAACAAUUUAUCCAGAGCCUUGAAUUAAGCCGACAGGUUCACCACUUGUAUAAAAUGUUGUCGAUGGUUAUAGUGUAAAUGUGGUAUCAUUCCUGUGAGCUACCAGUAUCCAUCAUGUCUAACAAUUCUUGAAUGGUGUUUUGACAUGAGGUUGUAAUCGCAGUGUUUUUCUCUUUAUUUUUGACAUGUCAACAGUGAAUGGUUGUAUAUCCCUGGUUUGUGGACACCCUUUCAUAUACUUCGUAAUUGUUUCCCUUUUUGAUAAGAACUGUUAAUCUUUUGUGAUUGUUGUAAUGGUGUUUGGAGCAUACCGUGUAGCCAAUCUGCUUUCAUGCCUUCUGUCUGUAAUGAGAUUAGCACAUGAGCUGCAAACCUUUUCUGAAAUACUUUGUUAGAAAAAUAAAAUGUGUCAUUAGCUAGUAGUUUGUAGUUCUUAAGGGGAUGUAUGAUAUAGUUUUGCUUUAGAAUGUUGAACAUCUGCUCUUUGAUCGUCAUGCUUUCAAAGAUGUACCUCACUUUAUUGAUCUCGUGCUUAGCAUCUGGUGGUGAACGACAUAAGCAUGAGAAUUGAGAACGUCAACGAGGUAAAGGAGCUACCCGAUUUUGAAUAUAUAAUUUCAAGCUGAAGACAAUUGGCACAAAACGUUUUAUUGGAGGAUGAAUGAUGUGAGACAAAGCAGGAAAAAUCUUCUUGGCUAUUUUUUCCAAGGAUAUGACUGCAUGGUUUCAUUCCAGAAACGGCUGUCAAGUGUAGGAGAGACCUAAACACUGACUUGGUGACUAGGUACUUUUACAUACCAUAUGCAUGGUAGUGUGUGAUGACGGUAGUAGGCCAAAAUGGAAUAAUGAAAGUUUCAAGUCCAGAAGACCACUUUUUAAUUGGAAGCGAAGGAUUGCUCACUAUUUACUUAGCACGUUUUGACAAAUGUAAUGGCAGGAAUGAUUUGGUGCUGAUUCUCGUCAUCUGCUAUUAAAAGAAUGUGUACAGUCGUGAUAUCAA